GGAACUCAUUUUUACUGCCAUGACGGAGAGCUGCUUGAGGUAAAAAAGAAAAGGAACUUUACCACGCACCCUCUUGGACUGCACACAUUCAUGGCUCUCCAUAUUGCCAGCCCUUCUUCGACACACAGAGAGAGCAGCCAUUAAUGCACCCUGCCACAGAUCAGCCAAGCUACACUGCCACUGCCAGCCACCAUCCUCUUCUAUUCUAUCUAUAUAUUGAACCACCAUCUGCAUCUCACUGGUAGGCUGGCUCAGACAUACACCAGACUUCCCCGCAAAUAAGAAAACUAGCUAGUCUUCUACUUGUUUUUUGUUUGUUUUUUCCUCUCAGUGCAACCGUACGUGGCCAAUCACCGCACGGCGGCCGCGAACGUUGCUCUGCCAAUGGGGAUGUCUCCAGUAGUGUCUGCUGUUAUUGCACUGGUUGUUGUGGUAAUCUGUGGGAAUCUGGCUGGGGAAAGUGAAGCCGCGAGAGCAUUCUUCGUGUUUGGUGACUCGUUGGUGGACAAUGGCAACAACAACUUCCUCGCCACCACCGCCAGAGCCGACGCGCCGCCAUACGGCAUCGACUACCCGACCCACCGCGCCACCGGCCGCUUCUCCAACGGCCUCAACAUUCCCGACCUCAUUAGUGAGGCGCUUGGCGCAUCGGAGGCUACAUUGCCGUAUCUAAGCCCGGCGCUGAACGGUGAACGUCUUCUCGUCGGCGCCAACUUCGCCUCCGCCGGGAUUGGCAUUCUCAAUGACACCGGCAUCCAAUUUCUGAACAUCAUAAGGAUAUCGAGGCAAAUGCAGUAUUUCCAGCAGUACCAGCAAAGAGUAGCCGGCUUGAUUGGGCCGGUACAGGCCCAGCGGCUGGUCAACGACGCACUCGUCCUCAUCACCUUGGGAGGGAACGACUUCGUCAACAACUACUAUUUGGUCCCUUUCUCCGCCAGAUCUCGCCAGUUUGCCCUGCCGGACUACGUCGUUUACCUCAUCUCCGAGUACCGCAAGAUCCUCGCGAGACUGUACGAGCUGGGAGCUCGAAGGGUGCUGGUGACCGGAACGGGACCGUUGGGGUGCGUGCCGGCGGAACGGGCGAUGAGGAGCCGUAACGGAGAAUGCGCCGUCGAGCUCCAACGUGCCGCCGGUCUGUUCAACCCUCAGAUGAUCGACAUGAUCUCCAGCCUCAACGCCGAGAUCGGCUCCCCGGUGUUCAUCGCUGCCAAUGCCCACGAGAUGAACAUGGAUUUCGUCACCAACCCUCAGGCUUACGGCAUGAUUAGAUGAUAAAAAGUUAAAAACGUCACGUUGAAAAGGGAAGUAGCUAGAAGGCGGGUAGAUGAGUGGGUGGUGGAAAAUUGAAGGGGUAGGGUAGUUCUGUAGUACAGCUGGUGGGAGGGAGGGGAAAGUGAUGGGACGAUGACCUAAAAUAAAUGCCGCCUGCUGCUGCUGCUGCCGUAACAUUAAAUCGGGAAACAGGUCCACCGUCCUUUGGCCGGUGGGGCAACCCUUUCCUUUCCUUUCAGAGAAAUCCUGUACGUAGCUAGUGGUAUUAUUUAUGGAUGGCUAUAAGGAUGAUAAGCAAAUCAUAUGUACGUAUUGGGUUUCCAUUUCCCAACUUGUCUCCGACCUACAUACAGUUUCUAGAGGACCCUUAUUAGGAAACUAGAGAUACUUAUGAAGGAUUCUUUUUAGUUUCAAUUUUUUUCUCUCUCUCUCUCUCUCUCUAAAGAUGAGAUGCGUUAUUGAUGGGUUAUGCUAGUUAAUCAGUAACAUGACAAUGUCGUAAUCAGAAAUUUGAACGACGGGUACAAAUAUCAUUUCAGUGAUAUGAACCUUGGUCAUUGGUGAGGGGGAAUAGAGUAUUACCAAGGUCCAAGUAGUUUAUUUUUAGAAUUUGUUAUAUAUUGUAUACGUAAAUUUAUUGGGCUAUAAGCCUAUAACCUCCCUUGAGCUUAACGUGAACACAAGUUAAUUAUGUGUACGUACUUGGGCAUAUGUUAGGGUUUGUGACGUCAAAGGUGGCUUGCUGCGGGCAAGGGCCAUACAAUGGGAUAGGGCUGUGCACGCCGGCGUCCAACCUGUGCCCGAACAGAGACAUCUACGCGUUUUGGGAUCCGUUCCAUCCGUCGGAGAGGGCGAACCGCAUCAUCGUCCAGCAAAUCCUCACCGGCGACAACAAGUACAUGCACCCGAUGAACCUCUCCACCGUCCUCGCCAUCGAUAACUCAAGAACCUGAACCAUCUGCCACACCACAGCGCUGGCCUGGUCGAUGCCUAGCUAGCUAGCUAGCUACAUAUCUAUCUGUCUAUCGACUGCCCAUCUAUUUCUUUAUUAAUUAGUUUCUCCUUUAAUAUCUUCUCGUGUGUUUUCAUAUAUCAGACGGAGAGAAGCAAGCUUAGUUAAAGCUCUCACUGCUAAGUCAUAAGCUAAUAACUACUUGCUAUAUAGAAUUUCUUGUUAAACUGUGGUGUCUUUAUUAUUGUUUGGGUGAAGUUUGUUAUUGGGUAGCUGGUAGCAUGUAUCUGUUGAAGGUUACUAAGAAUAUUGAUGCAUAAUUGGAUUGGAUUUGGCGCAUGUUUUUUUAUGAGGAUUCAACUUAUCAACCGGCUGCCUCGCAUCUUCGAUGACAGCAGGCCAUGGGCAUAUGUAAGCUCUUAAUUAAAGCCAAUCAUACAAUGGGAUCU